AUGGAGUCAGCCGUCGGCGCCCUCUACGGCGCCUCGAGCGUCAUCCAAGGCGCUUUCGGCUUCGCCAAAGGCAUGCUGCAUCCGACGCAGCCGCUGCGCGCCUCCCUCACCCACAUUUCCUCUGCCCCGCUGCCGCGCGCCGGCCACACCCUCGCCGUCGUCAAGGGCCGCGCCUACAUCUUCGGUGGCGAGGGCCCCGACGGCCACCUCGCCGACAACGCCAUGCACGUCGUCAUCCUGCCCUCGUCCGGCGUCCUCGAGGCCGACUACUACGCCAUCAAGCCGCGCGCCGGUACCAGCGGCGGCCCGGUCCCUGCUGCCCGCAAGCAGCACAGCGCCGUCGUUGUCGGCGACGACAUCUUCAUCUUCGGCGGCGAGCUGGAUGCCGCUGCUUCCGCUGAGACCGAGGCCGAGCAGCCCGGCACCGUCUGGGCCUUCUCCACCGCCACAGCCGCCUGGUCGCGCCUCGUGCCUUCCGAUCCCGAAGCCCCCGCUCCCUCUCCUCGUGCCUUGCACGCUGCCGCUGCGGCCGAGGAGCCCGCGCCCCGCCAGGUCAACGCCCCGCCCGCAAACAUCCUGCCCCAGCAGCCGCCUGACCCGGCCAAGACGGUGCCCGAGCCGCCCGAGCCCGAGAGCUGGGGCACGCUGUUCGUGGCGGGCGGACGCGCGCUCGGCAACAACAGCGCUGACGAGGCCGAGGCCGAAGCCGCCGCCGCCGCGAAAUCCCAGGUCCUGCACGACCUCUGGGCCUUUGACGUGCGCAGCCGCACGUGGAUAUCACUCGCGCCGCCGCCGGGCCCUGCCCGCAUCGGCGCCGCCCUCGCCCUCUCCGGCUCGCGCCUCUACCUCGUCGGCGGCGCCACCGCCUCCCCCACCAUGCCCGUCCCCCGCCCCGUCGCCUCGCUCGACGUCUCCGGCCUGUGGAAGUUCUCGGCGGCGGGCGGCCGCCCUAGCAGGACGCUGUCGGGCGAGUGGGAGACGCUCUCGCACCCUCCGGCUACUGCCUCGGACGACAAAACCGCCGCCGCGAGCGACGAGGACGCAGCAGGCCCCGAGCCCCGCGCCGGCGCCGCCUUGCUGCCCGUCACGACGGGCCAGGGCCGGGGCUACGCGCUGCUGGUGGGCGGGGCGCGCCCGACCGCAGCCGCGUCAUCGUCGUCGUCGCGCCUCUACUCGUCGAUCCUAGCGCUGCAGCUGCCCUCGCCGGCCUCGACGGCCGCGGCUGCAAAGGACGCCGUCCGCGGCUCGGCGCGCCUGGACACGCACGCGGGCCGUUGGGCCGAGGUGCGGUACCGGUACGUGGACGCGAGCGGGGACGAGGUGGGCGCGCCGGCGGAGUUGGUCGCGGCCGGGGAGGUGGGUAUGGGCGGGCGGGCCGGGUUCGCGGCCGCGGCGGGCACCGAGGUCGAUGGUGCGAGCGUGGUGGCGUGGGGGGGUGUGGAUGAGGGUGGACGCGUGCGCGGGGAUGGCUGGUUGAUUACCGUGGACCGGUAG